AUGCCCAAGCGCAAACCCGCGCCCCCCUCAUCCCCGCCUCCCUCCACAGGAGAGGACACAUCCAUCCCCGCCCCCAAACGCCCACGCACCCGCACCACCAAGCCCAAAAAGGCCGAGCCCGAAAAGACCAAAGCCUCCAAAGGACCCUCCGUCUUCUCCUGCGUUUCCGGCAUGGCUCCCAUGCCUCCAAUCUCCAUCAAAUCGUCCGCGAAGCAGACUCAGAAGGAAAGCGUGCUCGUCCGCCCCACGGCCCGCACGAGAUGGAUGAAGGAGAAAGCGCGGCAGGCUGGACGGGAGAAGGCGAGGAAGGCGAAGGUGGAGAGGGAGAAACAGGAGGGGAUGGAGGUGAGGGAUGAGAAGGUGGAGAGUAGGCGGUAUAGGAUGGUUGGCGGGUUUGCUGUGAGGGAAGGCGUUGCAGUGCGUGGGCCAGGCGGAGUCGAAGGGGGGAAGAUGGGGGGUGAAGAGGUGAAUCGGUUGGGAGCGAGGAGGGCUGCGGCAUCUGCUGUGCCAGUGGUUGGUUUGGGCGGCAUCGUUGGUCCGGGGCAAGUUUUCCAGCCAGGAAACAGAUCGGGGUCCUUGGAGGUCGGAGGAGAAAAGCCGGAUAAAGGAAUAUUCCCCGUUCUCGACCUACCCAAAGAGCUGCGCGAUGAGAUCUGGCGUCUCGCGGUCGUCCUGCCAGCUACCUUCAUCUACCCCGAAGAGAAAUUCGGAGCAGAGCAACCAGAUCUCGCCAUGGUCUCCCGCUUCGUCCGCGCAGAAGUACUUCCCAUCUUCUACAGUGAGAACAUUUUCGCCAUCGACGCUUCCGUCGACAUGCCCGAGAAGAACGGAACAGUUCGCCGCAGCCUGCUGGGCAAGAAGAAAAGCAAGAGCAAGGGGUCCGUGUACGGAAAGUGGGCUUCUGUGCUGGAAGAGAAAGGCUGGUUCGGCUUGAUUCGGAAGUGGUGUCUAUGCUAUGAGCCACGCCAGACGAAUAUAGUGAUGACUCAUCCAAUUUCGCCCGGACCGAAGCUGCAGAGAGAUGAUCGAGUUAUGGUCUCGCUCAUGCUGCAGAGCCGGGACAGCGGCUUCUGGGGUGCGGAGGUGGAGGUGCAUUACGAGGCUGCUUGCGUUUUCCCGAAGAGCAAGAGUGCCGAGAGAUGCGUCGUGCAAAACACGCCAACCUGGCUGAACGAGGCGGUAAUCCAGCUGCUGAAUGAUGCUUCGGGGCGUUCGGUCGGUGGUGAAAUGGUCCUGGAGCUGGCACGGACAGUGCAGAGUCGGGGCCGGGAGUUGCGGCAGUAUCGGUGUGUGGAAGCCGUUGCGGAGGUGCCUCCAAGCCAACAAAGCCGGAGCCAGAAGUUGAAGGGGUAUCAGUGCGAAGAGGCGGCUGAAGAGGCGGUUCCAACUCUGGCAUCGCUGGACAAGGAGGGGGAUCUCGAUCAUUGGAAGGGUACCACCGACCAAUCAGAGGAGUUCUCGUUCGACAUCGACGGCUUCAACGAGCUGGCUUGA